AUGGAUCAGUCUCCUAUUUCUAAAGAAGAAAGUUCUGCUUUAUGUCCGAAAAAUUUAACCGCAAAUAUACCGGAAACCACACAACUUCAUUACCAUAUUAGGAUAAAUGAUUUACACAAUCAACUAUUAGAUUCAGUUGGAGACUCCGAAGAUGAUGACGAAUUUUUA